AUGGCAAACGAGCCGCCAGAAGAGGUGGUCGAGUUUGUUCUCGAUGCGCGCUAUGGAGAGCAAGAGGCCGUCCAAGAAGCGAUUGCAGCCGGCGUGCAGGUAAAUGCUCGCAGUCACGGCGGGUCAACUGCGCUUUUUAUGGCGAGUGCAAACGGACACACGGGCAUCGUACGCGAGCUGCUGCAGGCGCGUGCAUCGGCAGACUUGGCGAACGAUGCUGGCAACUGUCCCUUGCACUGGGCGGCACUCAAUGGGCAUUUGGAGGUUGUGAAGAUGCUCAUAGCAGCUCGCGCCAAUGCCAACCUGAAGAAUGAGUUUCAGAAAAGGCCUUUCGAUGAAGCCUUCAGCAGGAGCCAUGCCGAGAUUUGUGAGGCGCUCGCGACUGUCACAUCAUUCGAAGACGACGUGCCUGCAGAUGCUGAGAUGAGGGAGGCGGAAGAUGCAGAGGCGAGCGAAACAACCCGUGACAGACCUCCAAAGAAUCAGCCGGAGGAACACCCUGCCAUUUUGGGUAUGGGCAAUCCGCUCCUGGAUAUAUUGGCAGUGGUGCCCGAGGAGAUGUUUGUCAGAUACGACCUUGUUCGUGACAGUGCUAUUCUGGCAGAGACGAAGCAUGACCAGCUCUUUGAGGAGCUCGCUUCCUUACCAAAUGUACAAUUCCUCGCUGGCGGUGCAACCCUGAAUUCCAUUCGUGUGGCACAGUGGCUGCUGCAGGAGCCGGGCAUGACUGCUUACAUGGGAUGUAUUGGGGCCGAUGAUUUCGGCGCGCGGCUGGCAGACGAGUGCAAGUCGGCAGGCAUCGCUGCCAGGUUCCUAGUGGACAAAGAUGCCCCCACGGGCACCUGUGCAGUCACAAUCUUGGAUGCGGAGCGCUCUCUCACGACUCGUCUCGGUGCGGCCAACAAGUACAAGCUCGACCAUGUAAAGGAUCCGGAGAAUUUCGCCGUGCUCAAGUCUGCACGAAUCAUCUACAGCGCGGGCUUCUUCAUCACAGUGUCUCCUGAGACCAUCGACCUUGCAUCACGAGUCGCCGAAAUGUCCGGUUCAAUCUAUUGCCUCAACUUGUCUGCAGCAUUCAUCGUUCAAGUCCCAGCCUAUCGGGCUGUGCUGGAGAAAUCGUUGCCGCACUGCGACAUUCUCUUCGGCAACCAGGCAGAGGCACAAGCGUAUGCAGAAGCAGCCGGUUGGGACUCUACGGAUGUGGCUUUCAUAGCCACAAGACUGUCUUUGGUGCCAAUGAGUGGAAAGAAGCCGCAUCGCAAGGUUGUGAUCACACAAGGAGCCGAACCCAUUGUGGUGGCUGAACGUGGCCACGUGACCUACCACCCUGUUCCGCAACUGCGACCUGAAAAGAUUGUCGACACCAACGGUGCUGGUGAUGCUUUCGUUGGCGGUUUCCUUGCAGCAUUCGCUCGUGGACGAAGCCUAUCUGAUUGCUGCGAGACCGGCGCCUAUGCAGCAGCAACGGUGAUCCAGCACUCCGGCUGCACCUUUCCGCCGGAGCCAUCUCGCAGACCCUAG